AUGGAGAGACAAGUGUUGAAAGUUUCCAUAAGGGGUAUAAGCCAGAUCCCAGUUCGUGGAUUUGAAGACACUUAUAUAUGGAUAAAGAAUGAUAAAUCAGGUCAAAAGAAAAGAGGCUACGUUUCGUCAAGGAUCAACUUUAAUUCAAGCUCCAGGAUCAGUUGGUUCGAACAGCAGAAAAUCGUACGCCGAGAAAAACGUGAUUACAUAUUUCCAUCGAUAAUUGAUUCGGAAAAAGCUUUGAUACGUGAAAAACGUCUCCCAUGGAGUUCAUAUGGGAUAUCAUCCAAUAUGAUGAUCGAAAACCAUAAGAACAAAUUUGUAUCCAUUUAUUCUACGAAUGAACACAAUCCAAAGAACAAAGUUUUAUUUAAUGACGAACUUUGGGAUUUAGAAUGGUAUUUGCAAGAUACUAGAUCGAGUAAAAAACAUCCUAAAUUAGAUCUAAACGUAUUGCCAGUUUAUGAAUUAGGUUUUACCGGACGUGGAAUAAGAAUUGCAGUAUUAGAUGAUGGUUUGGAAUACGAUCACGGUGAUCUACGUAACAAUUAUGAUCCUGAAAUAAGUUACAACGUGAACGAUGGUAACACCGAUCCAAUGCCACGAUACGAAUCAACUGGAAUGAAUGCACAUGGAACAAGAUGUGCCGGUGAGAUAGCAAUGGAAGCAAAUAAUGGAAAGUGUGGGGUUGGUGUUGCUUUCGAAGCAUACAUCGGUGGUAUCAAAUUACUCGAUGGUCUUGUAAACGAUCGAGUAGAGGGUGAAGCACUUGGAUUCAAACCGGAAAUCGUUGAUAUUUAUACAGCUUCUUGGGGACCACCGGAUGAUGGGAAAAGUUUAGAAGCACCUGGUAGACUCGCUGAAGAAGCUAUUUAUCGUGGUAUCAAUAAGGGAAGAAAUGGUAAAGGUAGUAUAUACGUAUGGGCUUCUGGUAAUGGUGGCUCAAAAUAUGAUAAUUGUGGAUGCGAUGGUUAUGUUGGUAGUAUAUAUACCAUUGCAAUUGGAUCAGCAAGUCAAACUGGUAGAUCUCCAUGGUACAGUGAAAAGUGUCCUGCAAUAUUGGCAACCACUUAUAGCAGUGGAACAUAUCAAGAUCAAAUGAUUGUAACGACCGAUUUACGAAACACCUGUACGACUAAACACACAGGUACCUCUGCUUCUGCACCAUUGGCAGCUGGUAUAUUAGCACUUGCACUUCAAGCAAAUAAAAAUUUGACUUGGAGGGAUGUUCAACAUUUGAUCGUUUGGACGUCCGAGUACGGUCCGUUAAACGAAAAUCCCGGAUGGUCGAAGAACGCAGCAGGAUUUUGGUAUAAUUUAAAUUUCGGUUUUGGACUUAUGAACGCUUACGUUCUCGUUAAAUUUGCAAGUCAUUGGAUUAACGUUCCCGAGAAGAAGAUAUGCGAAAUUCCCAUGGAAUUCCUAUUGGAUACGAAAUUAAUUCAUGGAAUGAUUAAAACAUUACGUUUCGUGGUAAACGAUAAUAAAUGUUCGAUUAGCGAUGGAAAUGAGAUGAAUUUUUUGGAACAUGUCGAGAUUGAAGUAAAUCUCGAGUAUACUCGUCGUGGGGUUUUGGAAAUGUAUUUGGUUGCACCAUCAGGUACCAAGGUACAAUUAUUAGGUCCGAGAAAAUUGGAUGAUUCGUCUGAAGGUUUUAACAAAUGGAAAUUCAUGUCCGUGGCUUCCUGGGGCGAGGAUCCUCAUGGUAUUUGGUUCCUACACAUAUUCGACAAGAUUGGCUCACAAAAAUACAACGGUAAGAUCGGCAAAUUGAAAUUAAUUCUUCACGGUACGAAAAGUUUGCCGUAUUAUCGAAAAUAUGGUUCGAGAAUUUACGACAAUGAAUAAAAAAUAGACAAUCGAAGAAUAAUUAUUACAAUAAUAGGAUUAUUAUUAACCCUUUUUUGAUCGUACCUAAUGAUAGCAAAAAAUUGGAAUAAUUUUUAUCCUAAUGUGAAUCAUAUUGAUAAUAUAAAAAAGAAACUUGAAGUCAGGAAAAGUUGGAAAUUAUUGAUGAGCGCAUAUAUGCGUCCACCAUGUAUCCGUAGUGAAAAGGGUUGGAAAAAAUUCCAAAAACAAUGAGAAUAAAAAUGUAUUUUAUAACAAAUAUGUGUGUUCUCGAAUUA